AUGGAACAUAUUACUCCUAUAAAGGAAAUUGACUCAAUCAAGGACGAUUUCACAAUUAAAGUUCGGAUCAUACGUCUUUGGACUCAAAAGUCAAAAUUUGAUGCAAACGACACAUACUCGAUAGAAAUGAUUUUGAUGGAUGAGGAGGGAAGGAAAAUUCAUGCAUCAUGUGUGAAGAAAUGGUUUCCUAAAUUCAAGCGCUAUUUAAAAGAGGAUAGUUCAAUUUACGUCAAGAAACCUAACGUCGCACCAAAUACUUCAAAAUUUAAGUUUGCUCAUCCGGAAUCAAAACUAAAUUUUUAUCACGAUACAAUUGUAAAAGAUUGUGAAAACUUUUCUGGAUCUGCACAUGGCUUUCAUUUUGUUGACUUCAAUACUAUCGUUUCUAACAACAUCCUGGAGUCAAACUCUUUUGGUCGUCCUUUUUCAUCCACCUACUUUGAUGUUAGUAGGGUUUUCAUAAACAAUGAUAUCGAUGAAAUUACAAUCUACAAAAACAAAUUGGUCUCUGAAAAUGGACAACAACUGUCAUCAACUGGAAUUAAAAUGAUUGCAUCAAAACAAGACACAGAACACGAUGACUUUUUGAAAAAUCAUUUGUUUUCUAACAUUGAAGACUUGUUUGAACCUUUGGAGGAAAAGACAGUCAUUAUUGUUGGUACUAUUAAGGGAAUACGUCAAAAUAUACGUUGGUAUUACCUUGCUUGUAGCAACUGCAAAAAGUCAGCAAAAGAAAAAGAGUCUUCAACUGAUAAGGUUGAUGGUUCUCAUGAAGUGGCCGAAAUCGUUACUUAUGAAUGUGCUAAUCUUAAAUGCAAAAAUAUCAAAAUUUCGGUUAUUCCAAGAUUUAAAAUCCCACUUCGGGUUCAAGACAACACAGGAACAUUGACUUUAACUUUAUUUGACCAAGAAGCAAAGAAGUUGUUCAAAUACACAGCUAAAGAGUUGUAUGAUAAAAACAAGAAGCUUGGCAACAAUUUGGAAUUGUAUCCAAUGGAGUUGAAAGUUGUGUUGGACAGAAAGUUGGCAAUUAAGAUUGAUAUCACACGUUACAAUGUCGAUAAUAAAAGUAAUAUUUAUGGGAUAUCAAGAUUAACCGAGAAUGCAGACAUAAUUGAUGAAUUGGAAAAAAAUAAUCUUACUCCACAGCCUGCUAAUUCUGAUUCAUUCUUGAUUGGUUCUUCAGAUGUUGGUUCUCAUAACACCAAAGUUCUCAAGACAGGUGAAAAUUUAACUCCAUGUGCUAGGGACAAGUCAACUGCAACAAGUCCUAUAAAAUUCAUUUCUACACCAAUUGAGUUGAAAAGAAACUCUGCUACAUGCAUAGAUAUUGAUGAAAUGGAGAAUUUGUCUACUUCUAAAAAUCAUUGA